GAUCUUCCUUCCUUCCUUCCUUCCUUCAUUCAUUCCCCUUUCCCAUUGGUUUGAAAAAACAAACACAUUUACACACACAUAUUCAUUCACGCCCAAAAAGAAAAAAAAAACAAACACAAAACCAAAACCAAAAAAUGAAAAACAAUAUCUCACCACUACUCCCUGAACGGCGAGUAUUUAUCGCGGUAUCAUCCAUCGCGUUACUAGCAGCCGCGUGUUUACUGAUAUUCACUUUUAUCGGACCAGACAACACACGUUUCUUUUGCAACCAACAACAAUCUAUAAACUCAGACACAUUACAUUCAAUGACGUCAUCUGCUCAACUCAAAGCCAUUCUUCAUUACGCAACGUCACGAAUCGUCCCCCAACAAUCUUUCUCCGAAAUAUCGGUGUCUUUUGAUGUGCUUAAAAAGAUAUCACCGUGUAAUUUUUUGGUUUUUGGUCUUGGACACGAUUCUAUGAUGUGGGCUUCUUUUAAUAGUGGUGGGAAAACGUUGUUUUUAGAAGAAGAUCCGACUUGGGUUCAGACUGUGUUAAAAGAUGCUCCGGAUCUUAAUGCUGACGUGGUCAAGUAUCGGACUAAGUUAUCUGAAGCUGAUGAACUCAUGAGGACUUACCGAUCCGAACCCGAAUGUGCUCCGAAAAAGUCUUAUAUCAAAGGCAACAUCAAGUGCAGAUUAGCAAUCACCACUUUCCCCGAUGAGGUGUACGAAAAGGAAUGGGAUAUGAUAAUGAUCGAUGCACCAAGGGGUUACUUUGCGGAGGCACCAGGGAGGAUGGCGGCUAUAUACUCGGCCACAGUGAUGGCAAGGAACAGAAAAAAGUCCGGUGUGACACAUGUGUUUUUGCACGAUGUGAACCGGAAAGUGGAGAAAGCUUAUGCUAAUGAGUUUUUGUGCAAAAAGUAUUUGAAGCAUGCUGUUGGAAGGUUGUGGCAUUUUGAGAUACCACCAGCAAGUAAUGCCACCGUGAACGAUAGUGGGUGGUUUUGUUAGGCUGAUUUAUUAUGGAGCCGAUGUAUUGUUGUUGGCCCUUUUUUGGUCUUAAAUUGUUAUUAUUGUUUACAAAUUAUUACUUUUUUACCCUUGGUUUGAAAAAUGAGAUCACUUUAUAAUCGAUAUACAUUAUUACAUGUUAAA